GGGAGACCAGAUACAGUGAAUACAGGGUCCGGGGAGACCAGAUAUAGUGAAUGCAGGGAGACCAGAUAUAGUGAAUGCAGGGUCCGGGGAGACCAGAUAUAGUGAAUGCAGGGUCCGGGGAGACCAGAUAUAGUGAAUGCAGGGUAUGGGGAGACCAGAUAUAGUGAAUGCGGGGUCCGGGGACACCAGUUAUAGUGAAUGUGGGGUCCGGGGAGACCGGAUAUAGUGAAUGCAGGGUCCGGGGAGACCGGAUAUAGAGAAUGCAGGGUCCGGGGGAGAGUGGAUAUAGUGAAUGCAGCGUCCGGGGAGACCAGAUAUAGUGAAUGCAGGGUCCGGGGGAGAGCGGAUAUAGUGAAUGCGGGGUCCGGGGAG